UUGUACUCAAAAUUAAGAAUCACAAUGGAAACCGGAGAACCUUCAAGAACAGCGGACGAAUCACCAUGGGCAAAGCUUGUACCGUCCAACACGAAGUACUCAGAUGUUGAGAUAAGUUCAAAGGACAUGGUGGUGUCUUCUGAAACGACAUGCACUUCGGAAAUCAAAAACGAAUGGUGCAAAAUUACUAGGAGUAGUGACUUAUGUACAACAACUGUGCAAAAUUUGAGUUCGAAUACUAUUACUGUUGAUGGGAAUGUUCUGGCGAAAAAUGGUACUACGGUCAUCAAGUGUGGAAGUGAGAUUGUUUCAGGCCCGGAUGCUGAAGAUUCUUCGAGUAUGCGGUUCUGCAAUGAUGUUUUACGCGCGCGUCGAGAGAUUUCCAGCCCGCACUUUCUUAGUACCUCAGCUCGUUGGACAUUUGUUUUUGGUGGUUAGUGUCUUAACGAUGAAGAAUGUCUGCUACGUUGUUGGUUUGUAGCUCUGAUGAUGGAUAAUUAUCGUGUGAUCGCACUCAGUGACGUCGAAACUCAAAAUUCACUCCAAAAAUUCUUCAGCUACUUACAAUAAACUUAACAGCCAAACAGAUGAUGCACACCAUGUCCACCUCAAAAUUAAUAAUAGGAGCUUUUGCCUUAAAAAUAAACAUUAGCAAGGCUUAUGAUAAAAUUAGCUGGAGAUUUCUAAGUCAUUAUCUAAGAAUGUUUGGA